CAGUGAAGUGUAGUGUUUUGAAUAUUUUCCUCGACGAGGAAAAUCUAGUUUUUCCGGCACACAACAUCCCUGCCACGCAGCAAAGAUGGUGCGCCACAAUAAUCAACUGCCGGACAAUCUGCCGCAGCUGCAGAAUCUGAUCAAGCGCGAUCCGGAAUCUUACCGGGAAGAGUUUCUACAGCAGUACCAGCAUUUCCUAAGCGUGUUGGAUAUCUUUCGGCUGGAACCGGAUAAGGAAAACAAAAGCCUUUGCGAGUCAAUAAUGUUUCUGGCGCAGGUAGCUCAGUGCUAUCUGGAGGAUAUGAAAACCUUUCCCCAGACGUUGGUGGAUCUGCUGAAGACUCACUCGACAACGCUUGAACCGGAGAUGCGAAACACGUUUUGCCGAGCGUUGAUUUUGCUGCGGAAUAAAAACCUCAUAUCCCCGCUGGACCUACUGGAACUAUUCUUCCAGCUGCUGCGCUGCCCGGACAAGGCGCUCCGAACGUUCUUACAGAAUCACAUUAUUACGGACAUCAAGAAUAUGAACGCGAAGCAGAAGGAUAUGAAGCUCAAUUCUACGCUGCAAUCGUUCAUGUACACAAUGCUACGCGAUACGAAUCCAAAGGCGGCUAAAAUGUCCAUUGACAUCAUGAUCGAGCUGUACAGGAAGCAGGUCUGGAACGACGCGAAGACAGUUAAUGUAAUUGCAAACAUCGGCUGCUUCUCGAAGGUAACGAAGGUGAUGGUUGCUUCGUUGAAGUUUUUCCUCGGUACCGACCAGCAGGAGGAAGAAGAAGAGGAGGAUAGCGACCGGGAGGUUAACCUGAAAGGUAUCAUGAUGGCCGCAAAAAUUAACAAAAAAACGAAGAAACGCAAGAAUAAGGUGGAGGCAGUCAAGAAACUGUACGCGAACGCUCAGAAGAAAAAGAAAAAGGUGGUGGCUUUCAAUUUUUCGGCCAUUCAUUUGAUACACAACCCACAGGGAAUGGCGGAAAAUUUGUUCAAACAGUUGCAGGAUGGAAAUGAGCGGUUCGAGGUGAAGCUGAUGCAUCUGGACGUCAUUUCCAGACUAAUUGGAAUUCACGAGCUAUUUUUGUUCAGUUUCUAUCCGUACAUUACCAGGUUCAUCCAGCCACAUCAACGUCAGGUUACACGAAUUCUACAAUUUGCCGCCCAAGCGUCCCACGAGAUGAUUCCGCCGGACAUUAUCGAGCCGGUCAUUAAGACGCUCGUGAACAAUUUCGUCACCGAGCGGAACUCGAGCGACGUAAUGGCUAUUGGGCUGAACGCGGUCCGGGAGGUUUGUGUCCGUUGUCCGCUGGCGAUGAACGAGGAUUUACUGCGCGAUCUUACGAUGUACAAGAGCUACAAGGAAAAGUCUGUCAUGAUGUCGGCAAAGUCGUUGAUUAUGCUUUAUCGCGAACAAGUGCCUACUCUGCUGGCGAAGAAGGAUCGUGGCCGACCGACGGAGGCAAGCGUCGAAAUUAAACCGAAGCGAUACGGCGAGGUGCUGGCAGUUGAUCAUAUUCCCGGAACGGAAGCACUAUUACGUGAGGGUAUUCCGGAGGUCGAGGAAAGCGAAAGCUCGUCCGAGGAUGAUUCAGAAUCGGGUGACUGGGUGGACGUGGCAAGUAGUGAGGAUGAGACAGAUGCGUUGUUGCGUGAAGGAAGGAAAAAGAAGGGAAUUACUAUGAUUAAAUCCACGAAAGAUCAGUCAAAGGAUGAGGGUAUUGAUAAUUCGGAAGAUGAGGAUGAGGAUGACGAUGAAGGGGAAUGGGAAGAGUGCAGCGAUGAGGAAGAUGAAGGAGAAGAGGAAGAGAUCGAAGAUGGAAGUGAGAAGAAAGGCGAUCAUUCAAAUGGUAAAAGAAAGAAGAAGGCUAAGAAAACUGGCAAGAAAUCGGAAAUAACCGCCGAAGCCAAAUCCGCAGAUGGGAAUGAACAAACCCUAAACACCUCGGAAGCGAUGCAGGAACUGGCGCUUACGAAAAUUUUCACCGAUGCGGACUUUGCCCGUAUCGAGCAGGAGCGUGUAAAGAAGCAACUGACGCACCACAAUCGAAAGCGCCAGGCCGAAACGGAGCGCAGUGAGUUUGUGAAGCUCGAUUCGAUCGAGAUGAUCUACAAACGGCGCAAGGCAGACAAGGAAGCACGCGUGGAGAGUAUGCAGAAGGGUCGCGAUGGACGUGAGAAGUUCGGAUACAAGGAUAACCGGCUGAAUCCGCAUUGCUCGACGACGAACCGGGAGAAGAAGAAGAAUAAAAACUUCUCCAUGAUUCGGCACAAGGCGCGCGGUAAGGUUAAGAAAUCCUUCCGCGACAAGCAGUUGGCGUUGCGAAAACAUUUGAUUCACAUGAAAAAGAUGAAAUAAAUUUACAUUUCUAUGUAUCCUAGGAAACUUAAAAAGUGGUGAUUUUUAUCCGACUAUAAAUAGACUCCGCAAACUUCCAAUCGAAUUG